AUGCGAGGACACAGAUCCACUGAUGUUGAAGAGCUACUGAAGCAGUCUCAGACUGAACUGCUCUGGAUCCAAAGACAGCUGUCAAUCAUUGCAGCCAGGAGCGCACAUUAUACUCGGACAAAAGACAAGCUAAAACACAAUGUCCUACCAUUGAACCUAACGGCUCUGCCACCACAAAAUGGGAAUCGGUUUCGUCUUUUAGAGGACAAGAACAGAGCCCUUAAACUUGAAGUAGCAACACUCAGACAACAAAAACAGCAAUACAAAUCUUUGGAGACAGAGGUCAGGGAGAGAAGAAAGAGAUGCCUCAUUCUUGAAAGGGAAGUGAAGAACAAGAUUUUAACAUGUCAGAGUUUGAAGAACGAGCUGCAAGAUGCCAUACAGGAGAGAAAUCGUCUCAAUCUUGAGUUGUUCAGUCACAGCCUAAAGGCUAACCAGUAUGACCAGGUGAGGUCAGACUAUGAGCAGCUCAGAGAGACCUUUGGUUGUGUGACUCAGGAGAGAGACUUGGCCAGGCAAGAGAAGAGCCAGCUCCAAGACAAGGUGGAGAACCUUGAGCAGGUCCUUAAGCAUAUGCGAGAGGCUGCAGAGAGGCGGCAGCAGCUGGAGGCAGAGCAUGAACAGGCCCUGGCUGUCCUCAACACUAAACAGCAGGAGAUUGACCUUCUGCAAAAGGCUUUGGUUGAUGCUGGAACAGAGCAUGAAGGUGUGGUCCAUCUGCUAGAGGUCAAGGUUCAAGAUUUGGAGCAAAAAUGUCGGUCACAAAGUAAACAAUUUAGUCAUUUAUCAAAAGAGCUUCAGAAACUGCGUCUGGAGAGGAACACCGCGGACAUUCCGAGCACGGAUUCUACCUUCUGGUCGGGGAUCCAGAGCGAUCCAGACAAAGCGCUCUGUAACAUUUUGAACGGUCUGGCUACUCAGACAGAAAAAGGCAAUGACAGAACUGCAGGCACUCCGCUGAUAUCCGAGUUCCUCCACCCACUGCAGAUAAACAGCGACAAGCCCGAGCAGCUGUCUGUCAAGCCCACCAUCCAGUCCAGAAGUCCCUCCAGCAGCACCCUUCGUGCGUCUCCCUCAGAGAUGGAUGAUGAGGCGAGUCCAACACCCAGGUCCAAGGCUCGUUACACAGGACAAGUCCGUCUUUGCACUGCCCGUUACAGCUAUAAUCCUUAUGAUGGACCUAAUGAGCACCCAGAAGCAGAGCUCCCCCUGGUGGCAGGGAAGUACCUCUAUGUCUAUGGGAAUAUGGAUGAUGAUGGGUUCUAUGAAGGGGAGCUGUUGGAUGGCCAACGUGGCCUGGUCCCCUCAAACUUUGUGGAGUUUGUCCAGGAUAAAGAGAAGCCAUCAAUGGAUGAUGGAGAGGAUCUGGGGCCAUUGGAGCAUAGCGGCCUGGGCUUAACCUCAAUAGAUGGAGGGGCUCCUUUGGACAGCUUGGGCAGCGACCUCCUCGGCCCAUGCAGCAAUGGGACUGGGGCUUUGGAGGCAGAAGAACUGGCUGAUGAUAUUGUGCCUUACCCCAGGAAGAUCAACCUAAUCAAACAACUGGCACGGAGUGUUAUAAUAGCCUGGGAGCCGCCUUUGGUACCUCUGGGAUGGGGCAACAUUAACGGAUAUAACGUUCUGGUGGAUGGGGAAGUGCGUACCUCUGUGCCCUUUGGAGGCAGGACCAAAUUGCUGAUUGAGAAGCUGGAUCUAGCCUCGUGCACAUAUCGCGUGUCGGUGCAAAGCGUCACAGACAGGGGCCUCUCGGAUGAGUUGCGCUGCACUCUGCUGGUGGGACGCAAUGUUACCGUGGCCCCCUGCGGUCUGCGGGUGGACGACAUUAUGCGUGACUCAGCCAACCUCUCCUGGUUGCCCAGCAACAGUAAUUACGCCCAUACCGUGUUCCUGGACGAUGUGGAGCAUGCAGUGGUCAAGCCAUGCUGUUACAGACUCCGCUUUAUGAACCUCAAGGCCAUGACAGUGUACAAAGUGAGGGUGGUGGCCAAACCCCAUCAAAUGCCCUGGCAGCUCCCUCUAGAGCAGAGAGAGAAGAAGGAAGCAGCGGUAGAAUUCUGCACACAGGCUGCAGGUCCACCACUUCCACCUCAGGAUGUGCAUGUCCAGUGUGGUCAGGCCCCAGGGAUACUCCAGGUCCACUGGAAGCCCCCUCCCCUCACUCCCCUGGGAACAUCCAACGGUGCCAAUGUUAUAGGCUAUGCAGUGUGCACCAAAGGCCAGAGGAUCGCUGAGGUGUUGUACCCAAUGGCAGACUUUGUGACAGUCGACCUGAUCAGAAUCCAGGGUCUGGAGGCUCGCGAGGUUGUCGUCAGGACUUUGUCAGCCCAAGGAGAAUCCCAGGACUCAAUCGUCGCCACCAUUCCAAACAACUUGUUGCUGCCUCCACUACAACCACAAGCCCACCCACCUCUUCCACAGCCCCUUCCACCCCACCCCCUGCCACAGGCACAGAUGCCGCACCCUGGUCCCCAACCACCCACAAAUCUUCAGCCUCCUCCUGCUCAUCCACCCCAGCCACUCCAUCUGCAACCGCACCCAUUGCCCCAUCCUGUAAAGUUAUCUCCACCUCACCUACAACCUGCUCUCCCACACCCCAUGCCUCAACCCACUAUCCCCAUGCCUCAACCCCACAUUCCCCAGCUCCCCCAUCCAGCCCCUCAACACCAGAGACCACUAAGUGCCAGAGAGCUGGAAACCAAAGAACAAGGCCUAGGCAUGCUUCAGCAUGGUGGUGGGCCACCCCAGCCAUGGGAGCCUGUGUGCUCCCCCUCUGGCCUGUCCCCAGCUCCACCACAUGGACAUACCCUGGAAACUCCAUCCUGCCCUAACCAGCGGUCACCCUCUCCCCAGAGAAUCCUUCCACAGCCCCGCGGUACACUCAUCCCCGACACUGUGGCCAAGGCCAUUGCUCGUGAAGCAGCCCAGAGAGUAGCGGCAGAAAAUGGACGGAUGGAGAGGAGGAGCCAUACCUUUCACUCUCAAAACUCAGAUGAGGAAGAGGAUGAAGAGGGCUAUGGUCCCAACCGCAGAAGAGGAGCAUCUGUCGAUGACUUCCUCAGAGGUUCAGAACUAGGCCGGCAGCCCCACUACAGCCACAGUGAAGAGUACCAGUCAGAGAGCAGCCGAGGGUCCGACCUGUCUGACAUCAUAGAAGAGGAUGAGGAGGAGCUCUACUCAGAGAUGCAGUUGGAUGAGGGUCGCCGGCGUAACUCCCACAAUACACUCAAGGUUCUAGGGAACACUACGUCAUCGGGUCGAAUGGAUCGAGAGUCAGGGAGAAGGCCUACUCACGGCGGUCCUCAACCGCAGCGUCGACCCCUCACGGUGCCCUCCAUUGAUGGUUACAGAGACCGCGGGCGACGUUCCCCUCCAUACUAUGAUGAAUCGGAGCCAGAGGACCCGUGUCGUAUCUUUGUCGCACUUUUUGACUACGAUCCCCUUUCCAUGUCCCCCAACCCGGAUGCUGCUGAUGAGGAACUGCCUUUCAAAGAAGGGCAGAUAAUCAGGGUUUAUGGAGAUAAAGACACAGAUGGGUUCUAUCGGGGUGAGAUUCGUGGCAGGUCAGGACUUAUCCCCUGUAACAUGGUGUCAGAGAUCAGAGCAGAAGAUGAGGAGACCAUGGACCAGCUCAUAAAGCAAGGCUUCCUCCCUCUAAAUACACCAGUGGAUAGAAUAGAACAGAGUAGGAGAGGUGGUCGCCAGCAUUCUGUUCACACCAGAAGAAUGGUCGCUCUCUAUGACUAUGAUCCCAGAGAAAGCUCUCCAAAUGUGGAUGUUGAGGCAGAGCUAACGUUCUGUGCCGGUGACAUCAUCACUGUGUUCGGCGAGAUCGAUGAGGACGGAUUCUAUUACGGAGAGAUAAAUGGCCACCGGGGAUUGGUUCCCUCCAACUUUCUUGAAGAAGUGCCUGAUGAUGUGGAGGUAUAUCUCACAGAGACUCCGUCGCACUACGGCCAAGAAGAGCCGGCGCCACAGGCUGAGACCAAAAGGGUACAUCGCCGUUCACAGCGCUAG